GGAAAAUGAGUGCCCUUAAAUGAUUUGGCAUCACAAAAUCAGCACCCAGAUUAUAUUUUCUCCGGACAGGAGUGAAAGAAGUAUGGCACAACACGAAACCCUAGGAAUACUGGAAGAGAUCGAAUCCCUCGUCUCCGAUCAACUUCAAGUGGUUUCCUACAAGUGGCUGAGUCGCAAUUAUUUAGUUUCAUCAAAUUCUGCGAAGAGGUUGCUUCAGGAGUUUGUUGAAAAACAUAAAAGUGGGUUGGAAGCAGUGUAUACUUUGUCUGGCUGGUUGAAGAAAGAUCCUUCAAAUUACCAUAUAAGGCUUGUUUCUGGCCCUAAACUUGCAGAAGCCAAACAAGAUUUUGAUGGAAAUUGCUCAAUUCAGGUUUAUAGUGUGCAAGCUUGCAUUCCAAAAGAUCCAGCUGCACUUUGGAAUGCUGAAUUUGUACAAGCUGAAGAGCUUUUUAAGCAGCACUUCUCGACUGGCAAUUGCUUGAGAGAUAACAGGUUCUGUGGGAUCUUUAAUUCAUUUGUCAAGUGGAAUGUGGACGGGAUUCCUGUUAGCAAUGCAAAUCAACUGCCCAAAACCAUUGGAGGCCCAGGGCAAUGCAAAAGUGGUAUUGCGUAUGAAAAUACAGUGGCUCCACGAUCUGAGCAAAAUAAAGUACAGCAAUCUAGCAAAAAAGUUGGUCUGCAGUCUCCCAGUGUUGUAAAAGAUGUCAAAAGUGAAAGCAAGAGCACUGGUGUUCAUGGUCAGGAUACCAAGCUUCCUGCAGAUAAAGAGAAAGUCCCUCCCUUGCCUGCUGGAAAAAAGAAUGUCCAGAAUGGGAAAAACCCUUCUGGUGCUGGAGGUUCAUUGGCAAAUUUUUGGGGUCGGGCAUCUGCAAAGUCAAAGCCUUGUGGCCUUGCAGAAGAUAAUAGUGUUAUUCCAGUUAUUCCAAAUCCAACUGUCACUAGUGCUGAGGCUCAAAUAUGUGCUGAUGAAGCUGUAGAGGUUGUCAGCAGUGAUGAUGAUGGCCAAGAUGUCAAUUUUAAGAGAGCCUCCAAUGCCGAAGGAAUUAGAAAAAGGAGGGUUGUAUUUGAUUUCUCAGAUGAAGAUGAAGAAAAUGAUGAUGCAGUCAAUUUAGCAUCACCAGAUAUUCCAAAAGUUCAAUCAUCUCUAGACCAGAAACAAAGUACCAAAAUUUUGGCUUCAGAGAAAUCCAAUUUGAACUUUGACAAGGAAAUAGAAGAUAAACCAAUGGUCAAGGAAGGGAUAGCUGCCAACAAGGAAUCUAACCAACCACUGAAAGAGGACUCUCUAGUUAUCAGCAAGGCCACAAAAGCUGGGACUUCCUCCAAAGAGAGAGUACAAAGUGGUAUUCCGGAAAGGGAUAUGAACAUGAAGGAUACACCAACACUUGCCGUUCCAAAUUCCCCUAAAAGGAGAAAAGUGUUGAAGACACAGAUUGAUGAACGAGGAAGAGAAGUAACUGAAGUAAUCUGGGAGGGUGAAGAGACAGAAGCAAAGAAAUCUAACAGUAGCACAACAAAGAAAACUGACAACUCUACAUUCGACAAUACUAUUAGCAGGCUUCCUGCAACGAAAAAGUCACCAGCAAUGGGAAAUGCUGCCCCAUCCAAUCCAGCAGGCAAAGCGGGAAACAGGAAAGCAGGGAACUUGAAAGAUCCUAAGCAAGGCAACAUUCUUUCGUUCUUCAAGAGGGUGUGAGACGUACAAAAAAAACUUGAGCGAAGUACCACUGUGAAUACAGAAAUGUUUAAUUGAUGGUUCUUCAUAUGCGAGUCUUGAUGUAACUAUACGGUUUCGUUCAGUUGCUUUGCUUUGAGGGGGAAUCCAUGUAUUUGCUAGAUGAGUCUAGGAUUAUGUUUGAUGGGUCUAAUCUACACUUCAAAUUAAGAAAAACUAAAAGAAGAUGGCAUCAUGGUUUUCCUUGAUAUUUGGCUCUGGGAAUGGCAUCAUUGGUGGUCGAUCUCUUAGCUAUGUGAAUCAACGAAUUUAGCAUGA